CACUGCGGAAGGUGCGAAAGAGUGCAGAGGAGCAGCAGGUGAAUAUGCGGAGGUUGGUUCAGACACGAGAGGACCUUGUUCAGAAAACGGAGAAGCUUCAUAACUCCAUUGAAGAGCAGCUGCUUGUGCUGGAGACGGAGGAAAAGGAGUUGCACUUGCAGGAGCUGCGACUCAAGAAAACAAUCCCGGAGAAGACAGAGCUGAUUGUGAAUAACUCUCGCACGGAGAAUGAGCGUGUGGCGAUGGAGGGAAACAAAGUGGAGGAAGAAGGGAAACGGCACAACUUGGCCCUACAACUAGACCAGCUCUUAUGCGAAAACGAGCUGCUUCGCAAGACCGUCUUUGAGCUGGAGCAAAGUCAGGCAAAGAUACUCGAUCAUGGUCAGCAUAUGGCGCUGCAAUACCACCAAACAGUUGAGCAGACAAGAAAGUACUGCGAUAAAGCGCGUCUACUGCAACAGCAACUCACUGAUAAUGAGAAACGACAUAAAGUGCAGCAGGAUUUGCUUGACCGCGUCUCGGCAGACCGAGCACGUACUGAAAAGCAACUUAAAGAGAGCGAGAUGGAGUGGUCUAUGCUUAGACAGCGGUAUGCAACCAACGACGAGGAAAUUCAGUUACUUAAGAUGCAGCUUGUCGCGAAGGAGGGAGCACUUUGCCGUCUCCAUAUGGUCCGUCGGCAACUACAGCGGGACAUUUCCAACGCCGAGCAGCGGGCAAGUCAUUUGAAGGACGAUGUCCUUAACGCCCACUCACGUCGUGAAGCACUGGAGACCGAGGCGCACCAACUUACUCAUCUCAUUUCAGAGUGUGAUGCGGAGAAAAGCAAGUACCAAUCCAAAUUUGCGGCACUUGUCAAUGAACGGAAUGUUCUUGCCACGCAGUUAAUCCGCCGCAAUGAAGAACUUAGGCUUCUUUACAGUAAGAUUCGUCUUCAAGAAAGCGCUCUUGAAAAGGGCGCUAGUGAAUACGAUCGGCAGGUGCGGAAUAUCAUAAAUACCCGUGAUAGACUUGCUGAGCUGCGGCUGCGAUGUCGUCUUGCUCUUGUGCGUCUUCGCUAUUCCGAGAAACUGCGGAACCGGAAGCAGAGUAUUGAGCAAGAACUGUUUACUGAACAGCAACGGUGCCGAGCGCUUGUAGACGAGCUCCAACGUCCAGUUCAUGUCCAUCGUUGGCGGCGACUGGAAGGUGAUGCCCCGGAGGUGCUUGAUGGCAUCUACAAGGCACAGGAUCUUGAGCGACAGAUUUUAAAGAAGCACGACAUGCUUGCUGAUAAAACACAGCUGCUGGCAAAGCGCACGGCGGAGUAUGAUGCUAUUCGACGGAAGCUUGCCUCUUUGCCGGGCCCGGAAUUGGCUGAAGAUUUGAGCCUCUACAAGGAAAAUUUAGAGCGGCGUGAAGAACAGAUCGAAGGGAUGAACGCAGAGCUUCAAGAAGUUGAGCAGCAUGCCGACGUGCUCAAGGAGGAGGUAAGGCAGCUUUUAUUGGAAUUAGGUGAUGCGAAACGGCGUUACUUUGGCGCAAAACACAAGAACGACCUUUUGCGUCGUGAACAGGCCGUGUUUCGUUCAACAUGGGGGGAAUCUUCGGCAAUUGCAAAUAUCGCUCUUGCAGCGGCCUCUGCCCAUCAACAACAACAACGACUUGCCGGAAGUGGUGGUGGCGGCAGUGGCAAAGACAGUAGCAACCAGCAGGGUGUAUGGCUAGAGCGUCCGGUUGGAGCACGACGCCCUUGUUUGUGGCACACGCGAACACAAAUGCGUAGGGAACGCAUGUUGCAGGAAGCGCGCCUCGUUCAGGCGCUUUCCUCCGGUGCACCCGCCCCCAACUACCCACUGCAGUUCCGUCCACAACAGCGGCAGUUUGUUGGUGGAGGUUUUGCGCUUACGCGGUGA